AUGAAUCAUAAUAAGAGAGACUCUAGAGUCCUCUGGAUACUGGUGUUACUAGUCUAUACGAAAGUGUCGGUUGGCGAAUUUUAUGACGCAAGUGUUGCUCAUGCAGUCAGCAGCUUAGAUGACGUUGUCACGGAUAAUCUGCACAGAUUCCCCGGUGCCGGUCAUGAGCUUAAUGACGAUGCGAAAUCUAAUAGCAUCGGCAGCAGCAGUAACGCAUUAGGGAGGGCGGAAAUCGAUUUUCUAGCUAAAUUACGGCAAAGACAGAGGGAAGGGCAGCUGCUUCCGGCUGUCGGGAUUCCGCUGGGGGGAUCCAGCACCAAAGAUCAGCCAGCCGAAGCGGGAAGCCCAGACGAUUGGCUGCUACGAUUGCUGGCUAGUUUAAACUAUCCGCUCAGUGCCGCCGCCAUCGACGAAAUCAAUAAAGCUGCUUCCUUCGACAAUGACCUUGACACAGUGCUUAGGUUCUUAGCACAGCACGCCGGAGCGGUAGCGGUAGCGGCGUCCGAUGAGUUCAGCGACAACGGCGGUAAACGGGCUGCCGCUUUGAGAUCCACCAUGGCUAGAAGGUCCCACUCUUCUUUCAAGGAACCGGAACCGUUCGCGCCGUCCAUCAGUAUUGGUGAGUUUUACGGAGCGCUUACAAAUUUGGGGGAUUUUUUCCAACAUUUGAAACAUAAUCUUGAAUCACUAGAAUCUAAGAACCUCUCCCACGACCAGGUUAGACUGCUUGAGGGUCAAAAUAUGAUCACAAACCUUCGGAAAGAAUUUAUCGAAGACUACCCCAAACCUGCAGGCAGUGCGGCAUUUCUUCACGCCAUUCGGAAUUACCGCCCGUCACACCGAAUACGCGCGCUGGUGUCAGCCGUGCCGGAUCUAUACCGAGGAACCAAUUACCACAAUCCGGUGUACAAGUAUGUCGGAAUAGGAAAAUGA